UCCAGGUCAGUAUCAAUGAGAAGCCAGUCAUCAAUCAUCUCUGUUGGAUGGCGAAAGAGGUUAUCUAGAAGGCCUAGCUUCGAGGUACGCAGAUCUGUUCAGAACACAUUACGUUGACGUCCUUGGUCACCUUGAAGAUUUAAGAAGAAUGGAAUGGGCUGAAAUGUCUCCCAAGGAUCGAACGGUAACAACUCCUACCACACCUCCCGGCACGUACAGUCCUACCGGACGAGGGACUCCAAUUUCAAUUGCGUUAACGACAUCACAUUCUCAACCACUCUACGUUCCUGGAAAAUAUUCGCCGUCGAGUUGUUUGAGUGAUAAAGAAGAAGACGAAAUAUACGGCUUCGGAUACGGAGUAUUUGCCGCACAAAUUGCCAGGCAGCAGCAGCAGAGGUUAAUGGGACAGCAACCGACGAGCCAUCAGCCUCUUCUUCUGCAACAACAUCACAAUUAUCAGAC